AUGUCACAGCCACUACUACCAACUACACAUCAGCAGCCUACCGGUACACAGGACCGGGACAGCGAGUUGACAGCUAUUGCCCGCAAUAAACAAUCACCACGGCAACCUCAUGUCACAGCCACUACUACCACUACACAUCAGCAGCCUACCGGUACACAGGACCGGGACAGCGAGUUGACAGCUAUUGCCCGCAAUAAACAAUCACCACGGCAACCUCAUGUCAAAGCCACUACUACCACUACACAUCAGCAGCCUACCGGUACACAGGACCGGGACAGCGAGUUGACAGCUACUACCCGCAAUAAACAAUCACCACGGCAACCUCAUAUCCCAGCCACUACUACCACUACACAUCAGCAGCCUACCGGUACACAGGACCGGGACAGCGAGUUGACAGCUACUACCCGCAAUAAACAAUCACCACGGCAACCUCAUGUCAAAGCCACUACUACCACUACACAUCAGCAGCCUACCGGUACACAGGACCGGGACAGCGAGUUGACAGCUAUUGCCCGCAAUAAACAAUCACCACGGCAACCUCAUGUCAAAGCCACUACUACCACUACACAUCAGCAGCCUACCGGUACACAGGACCGGGACAGCGAGUUGACAGCUAUUGCCCGCAAUAAACAAUCACCACGGCAACCUCAUGUCAAAGCCACUACUACCACUACACAUCAGCAGCCUACCGGUACACAGGACCGGGACAGCGAGUUGACAGCUAUUGCCCGCAAUAAACAAUCACCACGGCAACCUCAUGUCAAAGCCACUACUACCACUACACAUCAGCAGCCUACCGGUACACAGGACCGGGACAGCGAGUUGACAGCUAUUGUCCGCAAUAAACAAUCACCACGGCAAACCUCAUAUCACAGCCACUACUACCACUACACAUCAGCAGCCUACCGGUACACAGGACCGGGACAGCGAGUUGACAGCUAUUGCCCGCAAUAG